CCAAGCUGCUGCGCGUGCAGGGCCGCGUGCCGGAGGCGCUGAAGGAGAUCGACGCCGCGGCCAAGGUGCUGGAGCUGGCCGACCUGAGCAACGCCGACCCGAUGGGCAAGGUCAGCAUCCCGAGCGAGGCGGCGGCGCUGCUCAUCAUGCGGGGGCAGCUGACCGGCCAGCUCGUCGUCAAGAAGGAGGCGCCGCUGGCCGACGCCUUUGCCGCACUGGACCACGCUGCCGCGCUGAUGACGCCGCUGCUCGACCAACGCCCGAUGCUGGAGGCGCUGGACCUCAGCGACGGCACGCCCACCGACCCCAAGGCCUAUGCGCAGAUCCUCACCAACCUGGGCGUGAUCCACGGCGCCAAGGCCAAGAUCCUGCAGAACAUUGGCGAGUGGGACCAGUCGGUGCCGGAGGCGCAGGAAGCCGUGCGGCUCGACAAGGCCGCCGUCGCCUACGACCCCAAGCCCACGAUCUGGAAGGACACGCUGACCAUCGAGCUCAACAACCUGGCGCUGGGCCUGAUCCACCAGAAGCGCUUCCCCGAGGCGCUGGCCGCCGCCGAGGAAAGCCGCGCGACGGCGCUGCUGCUGAUCGAGCAGGACGGACCCAAGAGCCGCUGGGUCGGCAUGCUGCCCCGCCUGGCCAUCCAGCGCGGCCGCGCGCUGGCCGGCGUGGGGCGGCAUGCAGAGGCGCUGGCGGCGUAUGAGGAAGGCGUGAGCUACUGGACAUCCGUGCUCAAGGCGCCGCCCAACGAAGGCGCCAAGGCGGAGGCCGAGAAGGCGCUGGCCGUGCUAAGGACGCAACAGGCGGCGUCGCGAUAG